AUGAAGGGGCCAUCAGAUGAGAUUUGGGAUGUUCAAAGUGCUACUUCCCAAGAGACCUUUAAGACGGCCGAUAAGGAAGAAGGAUCCUCAGCUGAUGGAGGUGCAAACUCAGCCUCUCAGACACCCAAAAAUGAAACUGCUAUUGCUAAAAAAGUUCACAGGUCACUUUGGGCCUAUGUUGCGGACAUAGUCCGUCUUGGUUGGGUUCAGCGUGGUGAAUCUCACGACUCUAGCAACAAAUCAUUUAAGAAAAGUUCAUCCAGUAAUUCUCAGAGCACGGAGGGUUGGCUGUCAACUCAGGGGCAUGAUAAUGACAGCAUUCAAAAGAGAAACUGGAGUAUCAAGCCAAACGAUCAUCAGUUGGUGAAGUCCCACACCACAGAAUCAGAAUCCAUAGUAGCAUCAACACUAAAGGAGGAAAGCAUGCCUACAGGUACACAAGGUUUGCAAAUAUCAACCUCUGGCAAAUCUGAAGUAGGUAGAUACAAAGGAGACUUUGUACCCAGAAUUUCCAAGGGUGAUAUUCAGAUAUCAGGGGAGAGGGCAAAACAGUCUGAAGUAGGUGCAUCACCCAAAGAAAAUACCAUGGGACACUCGGCUGAGGAUAGCAUAUCAACUUCGGUAGAUGACACAAUAGGACAGACACUUGGAGAUGAAGUGGCAAGCUUGUCCAGGAUCACAACCCAGGUUUCUUCUGAAAUUAAUGCUGGAAAAGGAGUUUCAGCCGGCACCUCUUCUAUGACCGCUAAACCCGAGGAAGCUUGUCGCAAUGAUGGUUCAGAUAGCUGGAGAUAUGAACCUUCAGUCGCUAUAACACCUUACCAUGUCCCUCAGACCCAGACAAUGAUACCACAUGAGCAUACCUCAUCUGCUUCGUUUGAAUCAACGGAAUUGCCCACUGGUGGUUCCACUAGGCUGGAGGAGAAGAUUUUUGUGCGCAAGACCCCUGAAAUCAUCAGAACAGAAGUAAAAGAUGCUGAGCUGAGCAGGAGAAAGAUUCAGAGGAAUAAACAGGUAUUGAAGGAGACGUUUGAGGAUUGGGAGGAAGCAUACCAGCAUGAUGCUAAACAGAGAAAGACUGAUGAAUUAUUCAUGAGGGAGGCUUUACUUGAAGCUCAGAGGGCUGCAGAUAUAUGGGAGGUGCCAGUUGGAGCUGUGCUAGUACAUAAUGGAGAAAUUAUUGCUCGUGGUUGCAAUCUAGUUGAAGAUCUCAGGGAUUCAACUGCACACGCUGAAAUUGUUUGUAUAAGAGAAGCUUCUAGCAAACUUAAAACGUGGCGCCUGGCGGAUACAACACUUUAUGUGACGUUGGAACCUUGUGCCAUGUGUGCUGGUGCUAUUCUUCAAGCAAGAGUUGACACUGUGGUAUGGGGUGCCCCGAACAAGCUUCUUGGAGCCGAUGGAAGCUGGGUUAGGCUUUUCCCUGGUGAUGCGCAAACAAGCACGUUGGAUCCUGCAAACCAGAACCAAACUGCUGGGCCUGUCCACCCUUUCCAUCCGAAGAUAAUCGUAAGGCGUGGUGUACUCUCCACGGAGUGCUCUGAGAUAAUGCAACAAUUCUUCCAGCUGAGGAGGAAGAAGAAGCAGAGGCCAGAGUCGCCACCUCGUGCACGCCUCUCUGGGCACCACCACCAUCCGAUCAAGUUCUUCACCAAGAUGCACCACAUGUUCGGCACAGCUUUCUGCUUAUAG